AUGAACGUCACCGAAGGCUCCGACGGCACUCUGUACUACACAGCACCCAACGGUUUGGUCUUUGCCGCUGGCGGCGACAACACCAACUGCACCAUCUCCACCUGCCCGGUCGAGCUCAGCGUGUACGGUUACCGAGCCAGCCUGCCCUUCUCCAUCCUCGUCAUAGUCCUCUAUGCCAUCGUCGCAGUCAUCCAACUCUGGCUGGGCAUUCGCUAUCGAGUAUGGGGAUUCAUGAGCUGCAUACUCCUUGGAUGCAUCACCGAGAUCAUUGGAUACGUUGGCCGGAUCAUGAUGUGGGACAACCCAUGGCAGGACAGCGGCUUCAUCAUGCAAAUUGCAACUUCGAACUCGCUCCAUGCUGACUCCCUCACUGUCCUCAUCACCAUUGCACCCGUCUUCUUCGCAGCCGCCAUCUAUGUGAUGAUCUACCAGAUCGCCAACUACAUCUCCCCAUUAUCCUCUCGCUUCCCUCCUUCGCUCUUCUACUGGAUCUUCAUCCCAUGCGACAUCAUCUCGCUCAUCCUCCAAGCAGCGGGUGGAGCAAUGUCGGCAACAUCAAACGGCGAUGAUCAAGCGGGCGUCAACAUCGCUUUGGCCGGUCUGGCAUUCCAGGUGUUCACCUUGGUCGCCUUCAUCGUCGCCGUCCUCGACUACAUGUGGUUGAGCAGGAGUGUCUGGCGCAAUAUGAAGCUGGGCUGGAGGUUCCAGAGCUACCUGAUUUUCCUGUCCGCUGCGACGAUCCUGAUCUUGAUUCGAUGCUGCUACCGUGUGUACGAGCUCAGUGAGGGAUACUCGCGGGACAGCGAAGCUUUGCGAGACCAGCCAUUGUUCAUCGCCUUGGAAGGAGUAAUGGUCAUUGCGGCAGCAUGGUGCCUCGUUGGUGCUCAUCCAGGCUUUGUCUUCCACUCGAAGAGCCAUCCUUCACCAAGGAAAGCAUCCAACCAGUUGUCCGAGAGCGAGGAGAGCAAGGUCUGA